UCAUCAAUAUGCCGGAGCACUGGCCGUAUAAAAACGGCAGCGGCGCCGUGGAGCUGGACUGGGCUCUGGACCUGAGACGAACUGGACCUGAGGACACAGAGGUUGUGAUGAUGUCGAUGCGAGUAACGGGGAAAAUGGCUCUGAUUAUCUGCCUGUGUUGUUUGUGCUUCUCCCUGCGCGUCCAAGGACAACCUCUGAGAAAGAGGUCGAUCAGCGAGGUGCAGCUGAUGCAUAACGUGCGAGAGCACAAGCAGGUGGCCGAGCGUCAGGACUGGCUGCAGGUGAAGCUGAAGAACAUCCUGUCGCCGUCGCCCAACGACUCACAGAAAGGCCAGCGGGGCAAACACCGGACCCUGAUCUCUCUCCAGCAACAUGACCGCCUCACAUAGGACCCUCGCCGCGGACUACGUCCCUCUCUACACCCGUGUGUGUGUAUGUGUGUGUGUGUGUGUGUGUGUGUGUGUGUGUGUGUGUGUGUGUGUGUGUGUGUGUGUGGAGGAGACACAAUUCCUGGACAAGCACAUGAUUUCAGAGGCUGCAAAACAGAACUGUCAACUCAGUAGGUGAAACAAGGAGGACUUUAUAAAGAAAAUAUUUGUUUUCAGAACUGACCAUUAUUUAUUAUUAUUUUAUUUAUUUAUUUUGUAUUUCUAUAUGUUAACUGUAAUAUUAUGUGUAAUAUGUACUAUUAGCUACAGUGAGGGAGUAAACUGGACAGUGGCUGAUGACUAGUCGAAUGUAAGCUGAAUGUGUUAUUCAGAGACUACCUGCUAUGAAGCUCAGUCUGGUUCAGUGUGCUUCAUGUGACCAAACUCUCUCAUCUUCUUAUUGUAGAUUCAUAUUUUGUAAGUCCUUUUCAUGCCAAUAUGUCACAUUGUUGAUUAUG